CCCAAAUCCCACAAACAACUAAGACUAAGCUAGAAGACACAUGAGCGCCCGGGAAGAUGAACAUGGAACCGGGCUUGGACCGGACUGGGAAGACUUCGCAUCCUGCGCAAAGCCCGGUUUUCAGGAUGUUUUCAGCUUCCAAGAUCUUCCAGGUGGGUCUUCCAUGUGGUCUACAUCUUCCAAUCCCCGCGGACAGCACCCACCCGGACAGUUCUGUGAGUCGCCCAGCGAACCGCGAAUCGCGCGAUCUCCCAGGCCGCCUCUUCCGCCGUCUUCGGAAGCCGAAGUCUGCUGGGCCGAAGACCUUGGCGACGGAGCCAACGUCCUUUCAGCCUCCACGAGAGGAGCCCAGAGCCUUUGAGGACUUGGGUGCCAUGUCCUGGACGGACGGCAAGGGUCGACAGCGGCUGGCGGGCAAUGGCCUGGAGGACCUCCCGCCCUUCGAGCGCUUCGACUUCCGCGACGAGGCUCUCGAAGGCGGUUUCUUCGAUCUGGGUUCCUCCGACGAGUUUCUGGAGGCGGCCGCUGCAGGCGCCGCCUUUGGCGCGCCGAACCGGGCCUUUGCUGAGCCAGUGGUGGCACCCGCGGCUGAACGUCGUGAAAAGAGCUCGCCGGCAUUGCACCGGCACAACGAGUGGUUCGACGGCCGCGGAGCGGGGCCCGCGGAGCGGCGGCCCCUCCACGGCUCCCGCGGGCACUCUGAGUAUCCCGUGGAGCUCGAGGAACCCGUCGAGCUCGUCGAGGACUUCUCCCCGAGUCGCAUCCGCGGCAGAGAUGACCUGGAUGACUUGGGAAUGUAUCCCUCGCGUUUGCGCUCCGGCCACUCCUGGAUGACUCCCUCGCGCCGCCGGAAGAGCGACCCCGUCGCCCGUGGCGCGCAACUGCGAGAGCUCUGGUCGCGCGACCGCUUUCUGCGUGGCAGCGCCAAUCGGAAGUUCGACCUCCGUGGCUGUGGGCCACCGCCGCAGGCCAGUCCCCGGCGGGGCUCCCGGCGGGCGGCGUAUGGCUAUGCGGGGUCCUAUGGAUAUGUGCCACUUCACCAACGGCACGCCGACGAAGCCGGAUACCAGGUGCGACGACAGAUGCGAGUCCCUGAUUAUCCCUGAGCCUGAUGGCAACAUGUGUCAGACAGCCUGGGAGUCUCGGCAAUAGCACGCGGUUUGUUGGC